AUGCCCGUCGGAGUUCUCGUACGAUGGAACAACGAGAAGGGUUUCGGCUUCAUCCAACCGGUCCAACCAGCAGCUGACAACGAGGAUGUCUUCUGCCAUGUGUCGGACCUCCAAGAGGGAGAGGGCAGCGUGGUGGAGGGAGACACCGUGCUGUACACGGAGAAAUGGGACGAUCGCAAGGGCAAAUAUCGCGCCUCCGAAGUGGAGCUCAGUGCUCCGGGGGAGCUCUCGGAGAUCAGUGCCGCCGCAAAGAGGAGAAGACCUCCUGGAGGCGGGCGCGACAGAAGCCGGGAGCGAAGUCGCGAUCGUAGCCGUUCUCGAGGCCGAACUGGUGGAGGCGACAGAGGAUCAAAGCCAAAGCCAAAGAGCAAUGAGCCUGGCAAGGAGGUUGGCACCAUGGUUCGCUGGCACAGCGACAAGGGCUUCGGCUUCAUCAAGCCUGAUGAUGGUGGUGAGGACUUGUUUGCCCACGUCUCAGCCUUGGCAGACGGCGAUGGAAGUAUCCAGGAAGGGGACAAGGUUACAUAUGACAAGGAGUACAACGAAAGGAAAGGCAAAGACCAGGCCACCAAUGUCAGGGCCGGCGCAGGCAGUGGUGGCGGCGGUGACCGUGAUAAGGAUCGUGACCGUGGUCGUGAUCGCGAGCGUGAUCGUGACCGUGAUCGCGAGCGUGAGCGAGAGCGCGAGCGCGAUCACGCAGCAGAGCAGCAUGAAGUAUAUUAA